CACGCGGGUCCCGCCGCGGCGCCCCUCGCUCCCGCCGCCGCCCGCCGCCCGCGCUAAGCCAAUGGACGCCUGCCGAGCCCCUGGAGAAUUCUGGAUACCAGCUUUGGACGCCUAAAGUUUUUCCUUCUUUUUGUUUUAUUACCAUUAUUCUCAUUUUUGGAGGGAGGACGGGGGCAGAUUUGUCGCCGCCACCAACGUGAGAUUUUUUUUUUCCCCUUGAAGGAUUCCUGCUGAUAUCUGCAGAGUCGGUUAGAGUGAAAACGGCGCAUGCCUUCCUGGAUCCGUAAAUUCUGACGUAGCCCGUGCAUCUUAAAACCCCCUAUAAUAACGCCUAGGCAUUUAAGUUGCUAUGGUCAUUCUGAUCUCAAACCAAAUGGAGAAACUACGGAUUUUUUUUCCUUAUUACGGUCGGAUGGGAUGAAGACCUUCCUGCCUGCUGAGAGCCGGGGAAUCUAUCUGUAGAGAUACAUAGAUACGUUUAUCAAUAUGUCAGUGUGUGAGUAUAAAGUGGUGGCUUCUUAGACUAUCCGUGGUUUGACCUUGAACCUGUGCCAGUGAAGCAGCAGAUGACUUUUAUUUAUCCAUUUAAUGGAUUGAAGAAAAGGACCUUUUUUCUCUCUCUGCAACUGCAGUAAGGGAGGGGAGUUGGAUAUACCUCGCCUAAUAGCUCCUGGGUUGGCACCAUCAUUAUUGUUUAUCGCUGUGCUCCGAAAGCCGAGUCUUCUGAUGGCUCCCCUAGGUGAAGUUGGGAACUAUUUCGGUGUGCAGGAUGCGGCACCGUUUGGGAAUGUGCCCGUGUUGCCGGCGGACAGCCCGGUUUUGUUAAGUGACCACCUGGGUCAGUCCGAAGCAGGGGGGCUUCCCAGGGGACCUGCAGUCACGGACUUGGAUCAUUUAAAGGGGAUUCUCAGGCGGAGGCAGCUCUACUGCAGGACUGGAUUUCACUUAGAAAUCUUCCCCAAUGGUACUAUCCAGGGAACCAGGAAAGACCACAGCCGAUUCGGCAUCCUGGAGUUUAUCAGUAUAGCGGUGGGCCUGGUCAGCAUUCGAGGCGUGGACAGCGGACUCUACCUCGGCAUGAAUGAGAAAGGGGAGCUGUACGGAUCAGAAAAACUAACCCAAGAGUGUGUAUUCAGAGAACAGUUUGAAGAAAACUGGUAUAACACGUACUCCUCGAAUCUGUAUAAACACGUGGACACUGGAAGGCGGUUCUAUGUCGCGUUAAAUAAGGACGGGACCCCCAGAGAAGGAACGAGGACUAAACGGCACCAGAAAUUCACACAUUUUUUACCCAGACCAGUGGACCCCGACAAAGUACCCGAACUCUAUAAGGGUAUCCUAAGCCAAAGUUGACAAAGACCGUUUCUUCACUUGAGCCCUUAAAAAGUAACCACUAUAAAGGUUUCACGCGGUGGGUUCUUAUUGAUUUGCUGUGUCAUCACAUCAGCUCCACUGUUGCCAAACUUUGUCGCAUGCAUAGUCUGACGGAGGCGUGGAGGGGACAUACUGAUUUUGUUCUCCAGGCUCGUCCUCUCUCGGGACCCCCUGCCCACUGCUGCCGGGUGGGUGGUGAGCAGAGGGCAGGAGGCUGCAGGGUGAGGGGGUGAGUGGGGCUGCAGAGAGGAGGGAGCAGAGAGGACCAGCCGAUGCAUGUGGGGAUAGAUGCGCUUUCCUGUCCGAUCUCUUGUCCUUCAUCCUCAUCAGCAGAGCUGCCACACCUGGACGCAUCGGGAUCUGGCUGGCGGCCCGAGGGGGGCCCCGCUGCAUUUUCACAGGCAGGAGGGUGCGGUCUGACCGACGAGACUUUCUCGGUUCAUUGUCACGGGUGUCAUCCCAGUGAAUUUAAAGCAAAGACCUCUUAGUUAAAAAAAAAAAAGAAAAAAAAAGAAAAAAAGUUAAAUUUAUUUAUAGAAAUUCCAAAGGCAACAUUUUAUUUAUUUUAUAUAUUUAUUUAUUCUAUAGAGUUUAUUUUUAAUGAAAUAUGUACAGGCCAGAUAGGCACUUUGGAAGCUUUAGGCUCUGUAGGCAUUAAAUGGCAACGUCCGCUACAAACCUGUGGCAUAUUCAUGAAGCGAACGUGGCGUGCAUGGAUGUGAGACACUCAGAUGGCCCUAGUGUCCUAAAGGCGACAAUCGCUUUUGUGCCCAUGUUAUUGUAAACUGAUGCAUACCGUUCAUGACACUGAGUGUCCACUCUUCAGACUGCUUGUUCCAUAGCUUAUCCCAGAGGAUUAAAGAUAAACUGGGUCUCAAACUUUUAUUCUGUGUCUGUAAUAUUUUCUCUCUCAUAAGUUACUUCCUCCCUCAUUGUAACUUCACGGUUGGAAAAUAGAAGGGUUGGUAUAUAUUCUACUUGUCUAAAUGUAUCGCAGAAUAUACCAAAGCUAAACGAUAACUGUGCUUUUAUUUUAGUCGAUCUCCAGAACAACAGGACUCAUAUCAAACAUUGUACUGGUUUAGAAUUCUCAAAAAGGAAAAAAAAAAACAAAAAACUUACUUGGCACAGAUUUUUCUUCUUUUUUAGGGGACAAGAAUCAGAGUCAGAACAACAGGGUAAUUCUUAUAAACUUCUUAUUUGUGCACUUGGCUCUCAAAUGUGAAAUUACACAAGUACCAUAGGGGUUAUUGUAACACCUUUUAUAGAAAAUUGCUCUCGGUGUGACCUGUCAUAAUACCUGGUGAAAGCACCCUUCAAGUAAAACUUGCAAAAUGCAACAUAACUCUCCAUCGAUCAUGACAAUGAGGGGGAAAGUAUAUAUUUGUUGACUGUGUUUUGUUUUUUAAAAUGGUCUUCACAAGCACUCGAUUUUUUUAGAGGGGAGGUUACUCUAUAGGUUAUCUUUUACAAGGCUUUUAUAACAUUUGAUGCUGAACAGCAUAAGAAUACAUAUUUGUUUAGUAGCAAUAAUUUUGAAACUUGCCCUUGGGCAAGGGAGACUAUUUCUUACUAUAUACUAAGGAGAAAAGAGCCAAAUUCUUAAAGCAAUAUUUAAGAAAAAGAAAUUUAUAACAAAUUCUCAUACCACCUAUAACACUUUCUAGCCAUUUGUGUGGGAAAUGGAAAGUGACAGUUAAACAAUGUGUUGGGAUUUAUGUAACUAAUGUUAAGAUUUAAUAUUCCAACUUUGUUUUGCUCUGAUGCACAUUCUCUGUGAAAAAUAGAAGUGUGCCACUGGUGGGUCAAAGCUGUUUCGAAGUAGAAGCACCUGGCUGGUUGUCAUGAGCGUGGGGGCCCAUCUCUGGUCCAAAGGGCAGAAAGGACAGGGCCUCCUGUGGAUGUGCAUUAAAGAAAAACUAAGUCCAACAUUUGGAAUUAAGAAAUAUGCUGGGCGGGGGGAGGGGACAGAAGCAAUGUAAAAUAGCUGAUUUGUGGUAAAAGUCAGAAUGUCCUCUUCAUUUAUUUUCUUGUUUCUUUUUUUUUAAAACUUUCUUAACGGAAACUGCAUUUAAUUCCAAGAGGUAGUAUUCUUAUUUAUUAUUUAACCCUUUGCUGCUGCUAAAAUGUGCACAUAUUCAGGCUUUAGUUUUUCCAAAAGGCAUUUAAUCUUGUUGGCUGAAAAACAUUAAACAUCUGAUCACAGGGAAGAAUCAAGUUUCUAGGAUGUCAGAGGUACAAUAUUUAGCACCGAAGAAAUUGAUUUUAGGAAAUAGCCAAAAGUAAUCUUAAAGUAGCAUGAGAUGCUAGAUUAAUCAGCCUAAAAGAAAGAAAACGAUUUGUGGAAAAGACUAAACUCUCCAAGCAUUCCUAGAAAAUGCUACUUUAACGUCGACUUUUGGAGUUAUUUUGUUUUGGUUACUUUUUUUUUUUUUAAAAAGAAAAACAAAAUGUUAUAUGCUUUUGGCAAUUGAUAUGAUAAACUGUAAUGGUCUGUAAAUAAAUAAAUACUGACUUAUGCAAUUUCUGUCCAUAAGUGUUCUGGGAGAGUAGAUGGCUCAGGGUUUUGUUGCGGGCGCUGUCCUGCUGGGCUGCAGAGCGAGUCGCCCCAGCUCCUGGCUUUGCAACUGGUUCUUGUCAUAGGGACCCAAGGCUGUGGCUGGCUGCUCAAACCUCUGUGGAAUGAUGGGUCCAGUUUUCACAAACACAAGCCCGGCCAGCCAAACCGCUAUGUCGUUUGUGCCAACACUGCACCUUGGUCACAGACUUAACAGGCACGGACUGACCCACCCCCCCAUCUGUCAUGAGAAUGUCCCCAGGCGGUGCCGACGUGCCAGGUCACCUUGGGGCACCUGUCCCUGCCAGGUCCUGUUCUGUGGAUAAGUGGACGGCUUCCGUUUAUGGUUUUCAUUCGAUUUCAUCUCAUUAACACAACAUUGUGUUAUUUACUUGAUAAUCUGUAAUUGUAUGUAAAUACAUAAAGGAUUAUGUAAUUUGUGUAAAUACAUAAUUACAGACUUUGGAAAACUGGUAUUUUUUACUUGAUGUCCAUGUUGGAGCUGCUUCCGAUUCUGUGCCUACGUGAACCAAUGGAAUUUUAAAAACACGAUCUCCUUGCUCUUACAGCUGUUGCGUGUGUGUUGAGGGACGAGGGGGUGUGUGGCGAUGAUGGGGGGGAAGAGACGCAUCCGGAUGUCCUUUCUUUUCUGUAAGCGUUAGAUGAGGGAGCGCGGAAGCUUCUGGGAUAAAGAUUGAUGAACUUGCAUCAAGCAAAACGCAGUGUGUACGCACGUUGACGUGGAUGGUGAGUGGACAGAGGCAUAUUGUCCGAGGUCAAAUUCUGUUUGCUGCAUCGUUUGACCUCGAAAUGUGCCGGAUUUAGAUCCACUGUUUGUGGUCACUUGCAUGAAAGAGCAAUGAAGCGGCGGGGGUCGGGGAAUACGCCAGAUGGAUUCAAAAGAUGCGUUCGCCAAGCCCCUGUGUCUGCGUGUGCGUGUGCGUGUGUGUGUGUGUGUGUGUGUGUGAUACACGCGACGUAAUACCCGCGGGCAUCCAUAGACAUUUCACAUUUGAAAAUUGAUACUUUAUUGUUGCAGGUGGGGUGGGAGGAAUUACGUGUCGGUCAGUAAGUAGCCCUGCGUUCCGGGCUUUGGGUGUGGAGGGCGGGCCUGACUGCGGGCGAGAGCCGCGCCCCACGUGGCUCCCCGCUCUACCUGCCCCGCCCCUUGGCAGCCGCCUCCCUUAGGUCUUCAGAAGAAUUUUUCUUGUGACGUCUUCUUCACCGGGGGGAGCGUGCAGAAAUGAGAAACGGCCUCUUCUAUAAUUUUCUCUGGAAAGAAAUGAUGACGAGUGUUCUUCACGUGUGUGUGUGUUCUACGUCUCGGCGCUGCACCAGCUCGUACUCGGCAGGUUCGUGGACGCCGGCUGUAAGGUCGGACGGUGUUGUGAGGGCCACCAGUGAGGCAAAGAAAACACCGAGGAGAGGCCUCUUUGCUACUUUGGUUGGUCGUCAAAGAGAAAAUUCAUACUUAGGUUUCUCAUUUCUCUCCAACUCUAUUCCGGCAUAUAUCUUGGAAAACAUUUUUAAAACAACUUUAAUGAAAACGAGUUGUAGGCAUCCCUGAUAUCUCAGUACCUCUUGGCCAGAUGUGCUGGUAAAUGGCUCUUGUUUUUUCCCAUCCCCUUCUGAAGAUGCUUCUGUUUGCGGUUUUGGUGAUGAUUCCUGUUGUCAUUAGUGGACUUAGCUGGGAACAUUUGAUCCUGGGAACGAAAGAGUUAAAAGACAACGUGUAAAGGGGACAUUCAGAGCUGAGCAUCUGAGUCUGCCCUCCGCACACAGUGGAAGCGCAAGUAUUACUGACAACGUUCACGGCCCGGCUUGGAGAAACUUAUCGGAAACACACUCACGCAGGCUUUUUCCUAAGCAUUUUGUGGGAUGUGGCAAAGCAUUCUGUAAACUCCACCCGGCUGUUGCCUUUCGCUUCUAGUGUCUGCGGGUGUACAGGGUUGGUCCAUGACAGCUUUGGGAGAUUUCUGUUUCUGAUUCAUAAAAAGAGGGCUUUUCCUAGUCCAUGAAGAUGUUAGCAUUAUAGCUGCUCUUUCAGAAGGAAGCGGUACUCCGAACAUCUCUUCGCUCCAUGGCUGACCAAAUCCUGCCCCCUCCCUCCCUUCCUGUUUUUCUUUUCCUCCCUCCUUCCCUCCUUCCUUUGUCAUAUUGUGGAGCUGGCAUCAGCAGCAAAAGGACAGGCAUGGUCUCUGAUGGUACACGGAACUUAAACCACAGGCAUCCUGAGGUGGUGUGAGGGACCCUGGGAUGGGAGGGUACCGGGGGCCGUGGGACAUCCGUGCAACCCCUAUGGACUUUUGAGGGCCUGAGGUCGUCAUGUCUGAGCUGAGAUGCGAAAGAGCAGGAGGUACAAGAGGGAGAGCUUAUAGUCACUGGCUUUCUAACCGUGUCAAGAUGAAGUGCUUUGUUCUUGGAGAAUCUGGGCUCAUUGGAUCUUUUACUGACGUUUCCUGGGUGCCUGUGAUGGACCCUGAGGAUAUGAAAAGUGCUGGCUGAUUGGCCAGCAUCGGUCGUGGCUUUGGUUCCUGGAGAUGAAGGGGACCAGUCUUUAGUCAGACCAUCUCUGCUGCCCUGUGCCUACCGGGGCCACGCUCAGAACGCUCUUUGGCUACUUUCGAUUGCUAUUCAGAGGAAGGUGACUCUAUUGGUUUUUGUUAAUAUUACUCGCUUUAAUUUUCCCCUUCCACAUUUACCUCAUGUCACAGGAAAAAUUCACAACAGACUAGCAGUGAAAAUAUAGGGUAACAAAAGAGGUGAAAAUAUAAUCUUUAAAAUACCCACUUCAUUCCUUCAAUAAAUAUGUACUGAGCAGCUGCUAUGUGACAUGGAACAGUGCUAAGGAUAUUGUAGAGGAAAAAAAGACAAUAUUUUGAUCUUGCUACUUAAUACCAGGCUGGGUUCUAUGUCAAUUGUUAUAUCAACAUGCAGGUUAAGAUACUGUAGGACUGGGAUGCCCACGUUAUAAGGCAAUUAGGAUAAUGUUGACAAUUUUCCAUGGACUUCACCUGUCUUCAGCUAUGUAUUCAAUUUACAUGAAUAUAUAAGAACCCAGUUAGGUGCAGACCCAUUCAAGUCCUAUUGUUUUAAGUAGGACAGCGUUUUCUAUUUUGUUUACUUUUUAAAAUAUUCUUUUCCAUUACGGUUUAUCACAGGAUACUGAAUAUAGUUCCCUGUGCUCUACAGUAGGACCUUGUUGUUUAUCCAUUCUAUAUAUAAUAGUUUGCAUCUGCUAAUCCCAACCUCCCACUCCAUCCCUCCCCCACCCCCGGGACAGCGUUUUAAAAAUGUGUCCUCAAAUUUGAUGAUACAGAUUCUUUCAGUAGAUGAUCUCCUCCUUGGCAGUAAAUGAGUUCCUUUUGAAAUAGAGGCCGUCCCAUUUUUCCUUCCUUGGGAAAAUCCAAAGGAAAAGGAACCGCAAUUCCAAAAGUUUAUCAAUUACACAUUUGGCUGUCUUUUAAGGAUACCAGGACUCUGAAGCUACAAGAACCAAUGAAGCUUUGGAAAAUACCUCAUCUCCCUUACAACCCACCUCACUGAAAUAUAAAUGGGCGUGUAACAGUAGCUUUUAUACCACAGAGAUGAAAUUAUACAUCUCGGUUAGAGGGAUAAAACUUUUCGUCUUCACCAGAAUUAAAAAUCUGUAGUUAAUCAGCUUCCGGCUUCCCCUGUGGCUUCGGUUUCCUCUUCUAGUUGUAGGGGUGUCGUGGCUUCCCACUCUCUUGGGUCUUCCCCUCUCUGUCCUACAUUUGAAGAGUAGAGAUGCUUCGGUGCCUGUUACAGAAUAAGUAGAACAGGUGGGAUGUGAUGGGUGGUCUUUAGAAUUUCUCCAGCAGAGUUUUAUGAUGUUGAGUUUGGUUUAGGGAACGAGGGCUAGUUGAAUUACAGCAGCAUUCAAAGCAGGACAUAUUGGCAAGAAAAGAAACUCUCUGUCCUUCAGGAGAUAUGCUGUGACUGUCCCUGGAUGGAGAAACCUAAGGGCAGAACAUUUCCCUGACGCUGCCAUUCACCCAAUGUCGUACCACCAAGAGAUCAGAUGGGUGCAAAGUUUGAAAUCAGACUAUUUCUUCUGAUGAUCUGCUUCAAAGAAGCAAUUUAAAAUUUUGUGGUGACUCUAAUGUGCCUAUACCCAUGCUUCCUGUUUCUUCCUCUGGCCUAUUUCCUAUUCAAGAAGGCUGGAUUCUACUAGUCUCAUCUCAGAGCUUUCAUUUGGUUCCAGAUGCAAAGUGCUAUUUCUUUCAAAAUGUAGAUUAUUAACAAUGCUUCCUGCUGAAGUACAUGAGUUAACUUGCCUGAAAAUACAGUCUAGUCACGUCAAGUCCUUUUCCAUGAGCCAUUGCCCCAUUCUGCAUUCCACAUGGUCCUAAACGUGUUCCCAAAUGCAUCAGUUCCUUGAGAUGGCCAGACUUCUCUCAGACGAGCUGUUCUGUUUCCUAAUUAGCUGGUUGCUAUAGACACUUGGGUCAUGUUUUUUUUCAAAUAGUAGGAGCUCAAAUUAUAGGAAAACUAACAAUAAAAUAGAAAGAAUAAAUAUUAUUAUUGUAGUUGGGAUAAAUAAAAGUUAUUUUUUUGUAGUCAUGGGUCACAUUUGAUUCUUUAAAUUUUUUAAACCGUUUAAAAUUGGUCAACUAUUGAGUUUUAUUCUUAGAGAAACCCAUGAUUUUUCAACAUGUCUAUAUAAUACCCAGUGGAUUAUUUAGAACCUGGCCAGAAUUUAAGUGAAGGGAACUUUUCCCUGAAGCUCAUUAAUUUAUUAAGCAAGCAAAUGUUGAUAUAUACCAUAUUCUGGGAUUAUAAAGUAAAACAGAAUUGUUAAAAUUUGUCUUCAUAUGCAAUGUGAAUAUGUAUUGACUCACUUAGCUUGUGCCUACCUCUUGUGAAAGUGUCAUGAUUUUAUCGUCAUAAUUUUCUUCUUGUCUCCUUUAUAUAAAAUAUCACUUCUCCCUGGAGAAGACGACUGGGAUGUGGUUUAAAACAGAGUGUCAUCUCCUUAAAGCAGGUACUUUAUACUGUAAUGGACUUGUGCCAUUUGGAGAUCUUCUUUUGGUUCCCAUUCAACUGGAUGCUUGCAAUUGUUCUCAAAGGAAUUCCCUCUUGGUUUGACUUUGAACUGAAAAAUGUCUCUGAAAAAUAAAA